AUGAACUUACCUAUUCUCCUACUAUUUUUGGUGUCGGCUGCCGCUUUCCCCAGACAGAAACGUGACAAUGGUGCAACAAUCAACCCGGCUCCAACAACAACAUCGACGACCACACCUACAACAACAACAACAACACCAACGACUACACCUACAACAACACCACCCAACUGGCCACCGUAUGGCCCCUGGCCGUGGCCUCCUUAUAUGCCUUCUCCAUACGGUCCCGGUGGGCCUGGAGGACCUGGAGGACCCUAUCCGCCUCUACCACCUCCACCGCCACCACCACCGCCACCACCACCGCCACCAAUGCCUUGGUGGGGUCCUGGUGGCUUCCAACAACCUGGACCAAUGGGACCAUGGGGUGGACCGAUGGGACCAUGGGGUCCACCAGUUGGCCCAAUGGGAAGACGGCGUGGACGGUGGAACAGACGGUGGAAGAUUGUAUAUACCGAUGCUAGUGGUAGUUUCACUGCACAUGAGUUCAUUGUCGAGAUAGAAGCCGGGAAAGUCUCCUGGCCAAAAGCUUAUCUCAUGAACUUAUCCAUUCUUGUACUAUUUGUAGUGUCGGUUGCCGGAUUUCCCAGACAGAAACGUGGAAGUGGUGCCGAAAUCAUCCCGAUUACAACGAACGAAACAACAACACCGGCAAGCACACCUUCAACAACACCGGCAGUACCUGGACCCAUGGGACCAUGGCCACCUUACGGGCCUAAUAUGCCAUGGCCAAUGCCUUUUCCAAUGCCUCCCGGACCACCUUUUCCGCUACUACCCCCACCUAUACCCGGUCCGUUUGGUCCUUAUGGACCCGUGGGACCAUGGGGUAGACCGAUGGGACCAGGAUUCGGACCGAUGGGACCAGGUUUCGGGCCGAUGGGGCCAGGUUUCGGGCCGAUGGGACCAGGGUUUGGACCGAUGGGACCAGGGGGUGGACCGAUGGGACCAGGGGGUGGACCGAUAGGACCAGGACCGAUUGGACCGCGAGGUGGACGGCGUGGGCCUAUGGGAAGGCGAGAAGGACGGUGGAUGGCGCCGGCUGAUAAAUAG